AUGGGCGUCACUCACAUCGUACUCUUUCAGUUCAAAUCGACUGCCAGCGCCGAGGCGAUCACCGAUGUCUCUCGUGGAUUUCUUGCGUUAAAAGACGGCUGCGUCCACCCAACGUCUCAGAAGCCGUAUAUCAAAUCCGUUUCUGGUGGUAUAGAAAAUUCGACAGAAGGACUCCAGAAUGGCAUCACGCAUGCAUUUGUUGUAGAAUUUGAGAGCGUCAAGGACAGAGAUUACUACGUCAGUAAUGAUCCCGCCCAUGGCAAAUUCAAGGAGACGCUUGGGCAGGUUCUUGAAAAGGCGCAAGUCAUUGAUUUUACUGAUGGGACAUUUACUUAA